UAUUAUCUUUUUUACUAUAAUUUUUAUUAACUUAAAUAAAAAAUGUAUAUUGCAGUGUUCUUAAUAUAAUUAUGCAUUGUUCUAUUUUUAAGAUAAUCUGUUAUAUGUUUCACUGAGUUUAAAUGGCUAUGGAAACCACUACGAAGGCUCGCACCCCAAGCCGUUGCCGUGAAUGGGAACGUCAGCGACGUAAUAAAUUCAAUGAAGCAAUAUCGAAACUUGGAGAAGUCGUGAAGGCCAUAAAUAAAGCAAAUGAAGCCUCAGACCACGAAGCAGAUAUACAAUAUCCUAAAAUUGAAAUUAUCCAGAAGGCAAUAAUUUGUUUAACAAAUUGUGAUCAAGAGAAAACUCAAUUAAAAGCAGAAAUAUUGGCAUUGCAAGUUAAACUGGAUGAUUGUAUAAAUAAAAAACUGAAUUUUAAGGAUGCAUCUACCCAAGUUUUUGUGGGAAUCAAUAAAAAAAACCAAAGUAGUAAAUAUAUGAAGUUAAUGAUGCUACAGAAAUCUAAACGUAAUGCAUUAAAAGAAAAAUCUACACUUACUACAAAUGUAACUGUUAAAUCUAGUUCUGAAAAUACACACAAAAAGUUAGUGUCCAAACCAGUUACACCAGCUAUUAUUUCACAUAAUACACCAAAAUUGUUACCAAAAUUAAAUAUUGAUAAAAAAGGGCCAGAAAAUACAAUUGUUGUGUUACCUGCGACACCAUAUAUUUUUCCACAACGACCGCUAAUAUUUCCUACUGUUCCACCAGCAUUUGUGAUUGUAGACAAUUUGCAAUCACUAAAUAAACCAUCCGCUCCCGUUGUUAAUAGAAAUAAUGGAGAUAUUACAAAAACAACCAUGGUUAAUAUAUUACCUAUAUCAGCUUAUUCUCGUCCUUUAUCCGCAAUCGAUAUCACGAAAAAUAAAAAGAAUAAUGUAAAAUCAAAAAGCGAUGUUUAUAAAAAAAGUCAUAAGAAAAAAUCUACAUCUAAUAUUGAAAAAGAAAUAGCUGUCCAAAAUACAUCAAAAAGCCACAAAAGUGCAACUGAUAGCAAAGCAACUAACAAAAAAAAUACUGAAAAAUAUCAAGAAUCCAAAAAAGUUUCUGAAGAAACAUCUAGCAAAACUAUUACACAACCUGCUACUAAUCAAGAGUUAUCCAUUCCUGUUAGUAAAGACAAUGAAGCCAAUUCUAAAAUGAAAUCAAAGGAAUCUGAUUUUCCAUCAAAAAUUGUUGAACCAACAAAAACUAAUUCAGAAUCAGUUAUAAUGACAAAAUUACCUGCUAUUUUAGAAAAGAAUACUAGUGAAAUUCAAAAUACAGUUGAAAAUAACAAAUUUACUAAAGUUGCGUCAGAAAUAGAAACUCUUACAGAAGAUAAAGAUAAAGAAAAUAAGCUACCUAAUAUUUUAGAUACUACAUUAUGUGACAAUGUUGUCGAUACGGGAAACGCACGCCUAGAGCUCGCAGAAGAAUUCUUAGCCGCAUCACCGACAGCCGCAUUUCUUAUGUCUUUUCCAUUAGUAAGUGGUAAUAGAGCAGAUAGUCCAGCAGAAGAACCACAAAGUACUGUACAAACUAGUAUUAAGGAUAAUAGUCAAAGAAGAAAUGAUGCUACAACACAGCCUGUUACUUUUUAUGAAAAAAUGAAUGCUACAGAUAUUAAAAUGAAAUCUACAAAUAAAACUCAAGCACCAUCAAAUAUUUUGAAUAAACACAAUGAACAACAAAAGUAUACAAAUACAACAGACAGUGGAGACAAUGUCAAUUCUAAGGAAGUCAAUGUUACAUGUAAAACUACCACUACUGCCGUUUUAAACGUAACUCAUGAAAAUCCUUUUUUAAACUUACCAAUGUCUACCUUAAUAUCAACUAAUUGUACGUUAUCCGACUCUACAUUUGGCUUAGAUUUUGAUUGUAAUAUUAGCAAAUCAAUUUCAAAUCAACCGACAAGUUACGUUAGUACUAACAAUUUUUUUUAUAAAGGUGACCCUUUUAAUACGGUUAAAAGUACUAUUUAUAGCACAAGUAAUAUUUCGUCUGGUCAUGAAUUUAAUAGCCUUGGCUUGUAUCCUUGUGCAAUGGAAAAAUAUACAUCUAAAAACAAAACGGAUUAUACAAAUGUAGAAGACAAUUUGAUGAAGAUUGGUUCAUCGAGAUUAACAUAUGAUAUAGACCUGGGAUGGUCUCAUAAAGGCUUCGAUUUUGUAAAUUGUACUACAUCGACAAAUACAUUUAGCAAAGAUAUACUAACCACGGUAUCCGCACCAUAUUCAAAUUCUUAUAAUCCUUUUAACCCUGAAUUUCAGUUCCCUCUAGUGACAAGUUCUAAUAAGAAAGAUUCAAGUAAACCAAAUUCAACUUUUACUGACACAAUAACAAGUUUUUACUCACAGCCCACUAAUUUAUGGACUGAUGAUGUACCAUUUUAUACCAACAAUAACCAUGUUCCUAAAACUUUGAAUGCCAAACAUCAAAACUAUUUACCUUCAGAAAAUAUGCAGACGAAUAUCAGUUUGAAACCUAGUAAUAAGCAUUACGAAACGAAGCAAAUUUCGGAAACUGUGGUGGAAAAUGGUACAAAAUGUUUAACCUUACCCCAUCAAGCAUCCGAGAAGUAUACUAAAAAAUCGCCCAGUAAAAUGCACAUUAAUUGGAUGACGUCAGAAACAAGACCAAUGACAAAUCAUUUUAUCCCAAAUCAUAUGGAUGUAAAAGAAAACCACAAGGUUUCUUAUGGGCAACUGGAUCCGUCUCAAAUCACUAAAAAGCAAGAACAUAAUGACACCAAUUACUUUCCUAUUUCCAUGCAUAACUUUCCUAUGCAGAGUGGAUUAGAAGAAUUACAAGUAUGGCCCUCGACUAGACCGGUAGGACCAACGGAAAUAAGUAUUGAACCUCCACCCAUAAAUUUGCCAACUUUAGUUGGCGAUCUGGCUUUAGGUCCUCAUGAUAAAAAGAAAAAUUCUGAACUCGGAAAUCGAGGAAUACCACAAACAGAUAUACAGAAUUGUAGUAAUUUUCUGUCUGUUACACAAUUAAUGAACCGUUCAUCAGACAGUAUUCCGUCUCGUUAUCAAGCACCAAAUAUUGAUCUGUCAAAAUCAAUUGCAUCAAAACAAUCUAUAACACAUUUUACAAAUGAAACGAAUCGUAAAGCUAUGUCUACGCGAAUAGAGAGUCAAACACAGCCCUGUUAUACAUUCAAUGAUUCAAAGACAAUGAAUUCUUACGAGAAUGUGGUACAAUUUUCACAUAACAAGCCUAAAACAAAUAAAACUGAUAAGACUUCUAAAUCUCAAAAAAAUAGUUAUUCGGCAGAAGCCUUAAUACGAGGUGGUUCUUGUACACAAAAAACCCAAGAUAGCAGCGCCGUUAAAUUUAUGAUGCCAUCACAAAAAUAUAAUAAUUUCAAUGGGCCGCAAGAAAAUAGUAUAGCACAAGUUUCACACUUUCCUCCUAUUUUAGAUUACACAGAUAAUAGUUACGCCGGUCAACAGCUUUCUGGGACCACGUUGUAUAAUAGUACCACAAAUACGAUAUCAAAUUCGUUUUAUUCUAAUUUUAUGCCUGGCAGCAGCAAUUUAAUGUCUGGGAAUUACACGAGUGGCCCAUUUCAUGGUGAAUUUAUAGAUUAUAACCAGACUCCAGAAUGCAGUUACACUAAUCAUAAGUACGAAGAAUUGAAAAUGAGAAAUAACCCGGCUGUGUUUCAGCAACAGGAUAAAGUGCCUUCCAAUUAUAAGAGCUCGAGACGAGAAUCCGCUGCUAAACAUAAAUUAGAGUGUCCUAAAAAAGAAUCCAGUAAAAAAUAUCAAAGUAAAAGAUCUAAACUGAAUAAUGAUGUAGAUGAAUGGAAUGACCCGUCUCAUUCAUUAUGGCAGAAUAAACCUCCAUCUAAAAGGCAUUCAAAUUUGAUGACAGAUGAAUUAGGUUUUCCCAACUAUGUCAGUAAUCAAGUUCCUACACAAUACCAGUCCGAUUUCUUUAACAGUCAUUUGAUGUCUUCAAGUAUGCCAAGUGUAGGACACAAUAUUGAGCGAUCACUUACAAGUCUACCAGUUACAUCACGGGCUAACUUCAACCUUAGCUCAAUAUUUCCAGAAAUAACUAUGAAAGUGCAAUGAAAAAUAAUGAAUAUGAAGAGAUAGGAGAAUUUGCGCAUCUGUGAUUAUGUUGUCUCUUAUUAUUAUUAUAAAGAAAUAUUUUAUUGAAAUUAAA